AUGGCUAAACCAGACGCUUCCGCCGAUCACAUCGAACAGGUCCCAGACCAACCUGCUAAGCAACUCGCCAGUGACCAGGAAGAGAUCAAUGCCUUGCCCGUCAGUCUGUUCGUCUAUGUAGUGGCAGCCACGGCCUCAAUUGCGGGUUUGCUGUUCGGAUAUGACACCGGAAUCAUCUCGGCGGUGUUGGUCUACAUCAACGAUGACCUCAACAAUCGCGCCCUGACGCACAGCGAGAAGGAGAUGAUUACCUCGCUUUGCUCCGGUGGUGCCUUCUUUGGCGCCAUUGCUGCGGGCUUAUUAGCAGACAAGUUUGGCCGUAAGACAUGUAUCUAUGUCGGAUGCUCGCUAUUCACCGUCGGAGCCGUGCUGCAAGGCGCUGCAUACACCAUCGCCCAGAUGACUGUCGGUCGGUUUGUUGUCGGCUUGGGAGUGGGAUCGGCUGCCAUGGUAGUGCCCCUGUAUGUGGCCGAACUGGCACCGGCCAAAGCACGCGGUCGGUUGAUCGGCCUGAACAACAUCUCCAUCACGCUGGGCCAGGUCAUCGCGUAUGCCUUGGGAGCAGCCUUUGCCUCGGUCCCCAACGGCUGGCGCUACAUGGUCGGACUUGGCGGUCUGCCGUCUGUGAUGCUGGCCUGUAUGCUGCCGUGGUGCCCGGAAUCGCCACGUCAUCUCAUCUACCAAGGGCGCCACGGCGAGGCACGCCUGGUUCUCUACCGCAUCUACAGCCAGGCCUCCGAAGCGCAAAUCGAUUUUCUGGCCGACUCCAUCGCAUCGGCCUGUGAUGAUGCCCGUCGUAACAACGAGAACGAAAGCCGCUGGAACAAGAUCAAGCAACUGCACACCGUGCCGGCCAAUAUGCGCGCGUUGUUCAGCGCCUGCGGUCUCAUGGUGAUCUCUCAAAUGUCCGGAUUCAACACCCUCAUGUACUACUCCUCGACGUUGUUUGCCAUGGUCGGGUUCACGAACCCCACGGCCGUGGGACUGGUUGUGGCCGCUCCCAACCUGGUCAUGACCUUCGUCAACAUGUUUCUGGUGGAUCGACUGGGUCGACGGCGUCUUCUGCUGUGUACAACCUGGGGCAUGUCUGCCGGCUUGAUCGCCGUAGCCGUGGCCUUUCGAUUCCUGCCCGUUGACACGGAAACGCUCGAGGUGCCCAGGAGCUCGUCUGCAUCGGGUCCGGCCAUCGUGGUUCUGGUCUUUGUCCUCUGGUUUGUCAUCUUCUACGGCGUGUCGGUCGGCAAUACCGCCUGGAUGAGUGCCGACUUCUUUCCUCUGGAGGUUCGUGCCAUGGGCACAAUGUGGCUGACCUGCUCGAACUGGGCGAGCAACGUGAUUGUGUCCAGUACUUUCCUCUCGAUGAUGCAUAGCAUGACGCCCUCGGGAACCUUUGGCUUCUAUGCUGGCAUUUGCGGCCUAGGAUAUAUGUGGAUCUAUUUCUUCUACCCCGAGGUCUCCGGAUUGCCGCUGGAGGAGAUCCGCCAGGUAUUCGAGAACGGAUACGGCUCCAAGAUGAACAGGAAGAAACGAAGCGCACAGAACUGA